AUGCCAAUCUCACCUUCACCUUCAAGUCCAUUACCCUAUAUCAACGCUCGAUCAAAUAGUAGUACUGGUUAUGCAACUCCUCAAUCUGCUUCACCGGGUCCUUCCUCUACUAUCUUCUCUUCUUUACUUAGUCCUCAUCCUCCAGAUGCAGUCAUCGAGAAACAUAGAUUAUCAUCUGGAAGAAGAGGUUUUGGUUUCUUACGAUCUUUAGCUACUCAUUUCUCUCCUUAUCCAAUGGCUUUACCUUUUACUCAUCGUCGUUUGAUGUUCCCACUUCCCAAUUUCCUUUAUCCAAGUUCAAGUUCAAAUUUAUUAAUCCCUCCAAACUAUCGAUCUAAUCAUCCUCGACAUUCUUCUCAUCAAAGGCGUUCUUCUGAUAAACGAUCUUAUAAACUUACUCUCAUCUAUGGUUUCAUCCUUUUGACGGUCAUCUUAUUGGCUUUUAGUAAAAUUCGAUCAGCAAUCAGGCGAAGUACUAGACAUAUUCCUUUACCUUUUCAAGAUCCUUCUACUCUUGUCCUUACUGAAGAUGAGAUUCGUAGAAUAUGGGAAUGGGAAAUCAGUAAUGGUCAUUAUCCUUCUUCAAGAAGAACUCCCACUCUCGUAGGACUUCAUCAGAUUCCUAAUCCUAGUCUACCACGCAAACCUCCGGAAAAUCCUACACCUGUAUCCGAUCCUUCUGAAUUCCUAUCAAGUUUUGAAGAUGAUGUUCUGACUCCUCCUAUACGAUCUUUACAACAAAAUCAAUUACGUGCUCCUCUAUCAUUCUUGGACGAUGUGGUCCCAGUUGGACCUAGACGAUCUUACCUCAAUAUCUCGACUCCUAAACCGUUUCAUCCCGAUCCAUCAUCGAAAUCAUCAACACCUUUACCUUAUCCUCCACGACCGAUCUCCAAUGCUAUCAUGGAUCUUGAUGUCAUCAUGGACUAUUGUGACUUUUCCACAAAUCAAUAUGUUCGAGAUUGUUUAGAGAUCCUUCGAAUGGGAGGAGGUUUGGAUUUGGAAAAACGGGUUAGACGAGGUGAUACUCGAAGAUGGAGACAUAUUUACCAUGAACAAAAUGAUGAUGGAACGGUUCGGAAAAUCAAACCUCAACUUUCAUCAGAUACUGAACCAGCAACUCAUACGAUUGAUGAAGAAUCUGGUGAACAACUUAUUAAAGAUCCUUCUUAUCGUCCGAUCGACAUUUUACAAAUGCUCAAAUCCGAUUCUUAUCAUUCGAAGCUCAAAAGCCUUCAAGACAAAAUGCAUUCUGCUGAUUCACGUCGUCGAGCGACUGCUAAGCAUCCAUCUCAUCCUACUUCUGAUCCUACUUGUGAUUCAGAUUAUCCUAAAAUCUUUCACAUCUUUUGGGCUGGUCCUUUUACCGAUAAACCUUAUUUGGCACUCUCCUCAUUCCUUUACACUCAAAACCUUGGUUUACAUCUUCCAUUAGCGCCCAAGAAAAGAAAUGCUAAAUUAUCACCAGCAGAAGAGGAAGCUUAUCUUCGUCGAUCUGAGUUUUUGGCGACUACUUGUAGACCUCAGAUGUGGGUUUGGAUCAAUCCAGGUCCAGCUGCAUCAAUUCCGAAUCCGAACGCAAGACGAGAAAUGUUUGAUAACUUGAAACAAAACCCAUGGAGUGCACCAUUUCUUCAUGAUCGGUUCCGUGAAGUGAUCAAGUUUAAGAUGUGGAAUACUACCGAACAACUUGACGGUGUCCCAGAAGUCAGAGAUCACUGGCGAGAACUUCCUUUGUUCAAUAGUGGAGGUGUUAAAUAUGGAUCUGCACCAGUCACGCCUACGCCAAGUGAAAAGCUUCGAUCAGGUCAUGACGAUAAGGCACAUGGUCCUAGUGGAAAGGAGACGGUUAAGAUUGGGAUAGUCGUACCAGAAGAAAAGGCUAAACUGGUGGAUAAAGACGGAGAUGGACAUGGUGAAGCGCCAGAUGUGGUUGAAGAAGAAUUAGGUAGAUUUGGAAAUCAUACUCGAGGUGAAGCAGCUGUAGCAGAAGACAUGACAGUUACUGAACCUGCACCAGUGGUUGAAGGGGAAGAGAAGCCUGUUGCUGACUCACCCACAGCUCCUGUGGCACCAGCACCUAAGAAAUCCGAAGACGAACUCUUUGAACGAGUUGGUUCAACAUCCUCCAAAGGUUAUGAUCGUCUCUCAGUAGUACUAUCAGAUAUGGCUCGAUUUGUAUUGUGUCAUCGAUUUGGUGGAAUCUACCUUGAUGCAGAUACGAUCUUGUUACGUGAUUGGGAAGAGCUUUGGGGUUGGAGAGGUCAAUUUGCCUAUCGAUGGAGUCGACAUGAGAAGUAUAACACUGCUGUACUUCGAUUACAUCGACAUUCUGCUAUUGGUAGUUUCUUAUUCAAGACUGCACUUGCCAAUGGAUUAGAUUUUCAUCCGAUGACUAUCUCUAGAUAUACAAAAGACGCUUCUCUUGAUGGACUCUUGUUACGUGUACCCGAUGCGCUUUUUGAUUCAGCAUGGUUAAAUACAGAAUACUAUCAAAGAGAUCGUCCUGCGUUUCCUUACUUUAAACGGUUUGAAGAUUUCUUUGAUCCGCCUAAAGAGACGGAUGCUGGACCAGCUGCGAUUGGGUUUGAUGGGUUCUUUAGAGGAGCGUUUAGUUAUCAUUUUCAUAAUUUCUGGUGGAUUCCAUUUGACACCUCACGUAAUUGGCCAGACUUAGGUCCACGAUUUGCCAAAGGAGAAAAAGAAGCGAGAGUGAAAUUAUUAGCAGCUAAGAUGUCAACGGUGAAAUAUCAACAACAAGAACAUCAAAGAAAACAACAAAGUGAAUCGAAUUCAAAUCAAGAGAAUAGUAAUAGUUGGAGUAAUAACUUAGGAUCAGAUGCACGUAGACCGAUGAAUUAUAAAACACGUGAAGAGAUUGAAGAAGAAUUGAUGAAAAGCUUGAAAUUAGAUGAAGAUGAUGCGGCAGAUGAUGAAAGGGAUUUGGGUUGGGCAACCGUUUUGAAAAGGACAUUUGAAGCUUAUUUAAGAUGUGAACGUCCGAAUAUGUAUGGUGAAUGGAUAGAUUGGGCUGAUCAACAUACAUAG